AUUCUUCACCCACUAAUUUUAACUAACAGUUUCAUUAUUUGCAAUCUCUCUUUCUCUUCCUCUCUGCAAAUUAUACACACUCUGUUUCUUUUUGUUUCCCUCUUUUUUUCUUUUCACUAUGAACUCUAAUUCUUCAGCUUAUAAUCUUACGGCUACUGCAAGCCACCACGAGCCUCUGUUUUCCCGGAGGCUGUUAUUAUUGAGAGACGUUCAGAUUCUUGAGCUCUUUAUUGCCCUUUUCGUGUUUGUCACGAUACACUCCUUGCGACAGAAGAAACAUCAAGGGAUGCCCGUUUGGCCGUUUCUUGGCAUGCUUCCUUCCUUGAUUCUUGCAGUGCGAAGUAACAUAUACGAAUGGUUAUCUGAUAUUCUAAUCAGCAGGAACGGGACUUUCCGGUUUAGAGGUCCUUGGUUUAGCACCCUCAACUGCGUCGUUACUUGUGAUCCAAGAAACGUUGAGCAUAUUCUCAAGACCCGGUUCUCCAUCUACCCUAAGGGUUCUUACUUCCGUGAGACCAUGCGAGAUCUACUCGGAGACGGGAUUUUCAAUGCCGAUGAAGAAACGUGGCAACGGCAAAGGAAAACAGCAAGUGUCGAGUUCCAUUCGGCUAAAUUCAGACAACUAACUAGUCAUUCAUUGCACGAACUCGUGCAUAAUCGACUCUUGCCGGUUCUUGAAAUUUCUGAAAAGAUUGAUCUUCAGGACGUUUUGUUAAGGCUAACGUUCGAUAAUGUAUGUAUGAUUGCUUUCGGAGUCGAUCCAGGUUGUCUUAGUCCAAACCUACCCGAAAUUCCUUUCGCAAAAGCCUUUGAGGAUGCAACAGAAGCAACAGCUGUGAGAUUUGUGAUGCCUGGUUUCGUGUGGAAGCUCAUGAGGUCCCUUAAUCUAGGAACAGAGAAGAAUCUAAAGGAAUCAAUUAAAGGUGUGGAUUAUUUCGCUGAGGAAGUAAUCAGGACGAGGAAGAAAGAGCUGUCUCUAGAGACCGAAACCGCAAAGAGAUCUGAUCUCUUAACUAUUUUUAUGGGUCUACGAGACGACAAUGGAGAGAAAUUUUCAGUUAAAUUCUUGCGUGAUAUUUGUGUGAACUUCAUACUUGCUGGGAGAGACACUUCCUCUGUGGUUCUAAGCUGGUUUUUUUGGCUAGUCGAGAAGAAUCCGGAAGUGGAGGAGAAAAUCAUGGUGGGAAUUUGCAAGAUUCUUGAGCAGAGAGAUGAUCAUGGAGAUACAAAGAAGAACAUGGAAUAUGAACCUGUGUUCAGACCAGACGAGAUCAAGAAAAUGGAUUAUUUACAAGCUGCUUUGUCUGAAGCUCUCAGAUUAUAUCCUUCAGUUCCAGUCGAUCACAAAGAGGUACUUGAAGACGAUGUAUUUCCAGAUGGGACGAAACUAAAGAAAGGAGAAAAAGUUAUAUACGCAAUAUAUGCAAUGGCGCGUAUGGAAACGAUUUGGGGGAAGGACUGUUGUGAGUUCAAGCCAGAAAGGUGGUUAAGAGACGGCAGGUACACGAGUGAGUCAGCCUAUAAGUUCACGGCCUUCAAUGGUGGUCCACGACUCUGUCUAGGCAAGGAUUUUGCGUAUUACCAAAUGAAAUAUGUGGCGGCCACGAUUAUUUACCGCUAUAGGGUUAGUGUGAAGGGUGGUCAUAAGGUUGAGCCAAAGAUGGCUUUAACUAUGUACAUGAAGCAUGGCUUGAAGGUGAAUAUGGUCAAGAGGAGUGCCUCUGAGAUAGACCACUACUACUGCUGAUGCCCAUGAAGGGUAUAAUUGGUGUAAUGUGAAUAGUGAUUCAAGAUUUUUUGAGUUUGAGAUUUAUGAAUUGUAACAAGUGAUUGUUAUUUUUUUUUGGGUGACUUUGAUUGGUAGUUGUAUGCACUAUAUAAUCUAUAUUAAUAUGGUUUUAUAUAAUUAUUACUAGUAAC